AUGCCUGGUAUGCCUGGGACUCGAAGGAUGCCUGGGAUGCCCGGGGUGGACAAUGAUAACUGGGAGGUACCCCGGACAAGAUCAAUGUCUAGACGCGAUGGGCCAGGACAACUGCAUUCUCCAGCAGUGAACAAGUCGGCCUCAAUGAACACGAGGCUCUUACCUCAAGGCAGCAGCAGCAUUAUAAGUGGCAAGACAAGCGCCUUGUUGCAGGGAAGCGGUUCAGUUUCGCGCCCAGUUACCAUGGCAGCAGAACCACCAGCACAGUCAGCUGCACCUCUGACUGUACCAGCUCCGUUGGAGAAACCCCAGCCUAGUGCUCCCAAGUUGAGCGAAGAAGUGCUCCAAAGAAAAACGAAGUCGCUUCUCGAAGAAUAUUUCAAUGUCCGACUUCUUGAUGAAGCUCUGCAGUGUGUAGAGGAGCUCGGGUCGCCUUCAUAUCAUGCAGAGUUUGUGAAGGAAGCAAUAUCCCUGUCCCUUGAGAAAAGCCCACCUGUCGUUGAGCCAAUAGCCAAACUCUUGGAGUAUUUGUUAACAAAGAAGGUGGUCACACCCAAGGAUCUUGAAACCGGGUUCUUGCUGUACGGUGCUCUGCUGGACGACAUUGGAAUCGAUCUCCCUAAGGCACCAAACAACUUUGGUGAGAUAUUGGGAAAGUUGAUUAUGGCUGGUGGUGUGGAUUUCAAAUUGGUUAGAGAAAUUAUAGGGAAGAUGGAGGACGAUAGGUUCCAGAAGAUGGUGGUCGAUGCAGCUGUACGCAUAUUGGAGUCAAGCGAGCAGGGGAAGUCCAUGUUGGCUUCACAAGCAGCAGACGUUAAGGCUUGUCAGAAUCUGUAA